CUCGGCAACCAAACCUCAAACCAGGACCAGAUCCAAUCAGAGCAGAUCACAUGAGCAAGAGGCGAAAGAGGAGCAACCUCGCCGGCCGGCAUCCCCUGCUCCAACGCGGCCGUGAAGACGAAUGGCGAGAUUGGCCCAACCUGCCGACGGCGCUCGUUGACGACAUCGCCGACCGGCUGCUCAGCCACGACGUGGCCGAGUACAUCCGCCUCCGCGCCGCGUGCAAGGAGUGGAGGAGAUGCACCGCCGACCCGCGCGAGGGACGCAACCACCUGGACCCGCGCUUCCGCCCGCGCCGCUGGAUCAUGCUGUCCAACCGCACCGACGGCGACGGCCGCCGCUUCCUCAACCUCUCCACCGGCGCCAGCGCCCGCGUCGACCUCCCGGAGCUCUCCCGGCACCACCUCGAGGCCAGCGCCGAGGGCCUCCUGCUCCUGCGCGACAAGGCGAGCCACGCCGCGCGCCUCCUCAACCCGCUCACCAGGGCCCUCACCGACCUCCCGCCCGUCACCGUGGACCUUGGCGGCGCGUACGCGGUCUGGAGGACGGGGCCGUUCCAGUCCGCGGCGCGCAUCAUCUACGCCGGCGUCUCUGACGAGACCUCCCCAUCGUCAGUCGUGCUCCUCAUGGCUGACCUUCACCUUGGGCGUGCCAUAGCCUUGGGCGGUGGUGGAUGACGAGAUG